AUGCCCAAGUCGAAACGCCAGCGCGUGACCACCCUCACCAAGACACCAGGGCGCACGACGCGCGCGUCCAAGGUGGCGCUCGUCAACGAGAUCCGCUCCAACAUUGACAAGUUUGAGCACGUGUGGCUGUUCAGCGUUGGUGACAUGCGCAACGAGGGUCUCAAGGAGGUGCGCCAGCAGUGGCGUGGGACCGGGCGCUUCUUCCUUGGCAAGACGCGUGUCAUGGCCAAGGCGCUCGGUACCGACCCAGAGACCGAGUACGCCGAGGGGCUGGCUGAGCUCGGCAAGCGUUUGAACGGGGAGCUCGGGUUGUUCCUCACGUCGCAUCCCGUGGACGAGACGAUCGAGUGGUUCCAGACGUGGCACAAGCAGGAGUACGCGCGUCAGGGGCACGCGGCGACCAAGGACGUCUCGCUCCCCGAGGGCCCGCUGCUCACCCCGUGGACCGAGGACAACUCUGGUGACCCAUUCCCACACUCGAUGGACCCCCAGCUGCGCCAGCUCGGCCUCGACACCAAGCUUAUCCGUGGCGUGCCGAGCAUUGCCAACGCCCACAUCCUCUGCCGUAAGGGCGAGAAGCUGAGCUCGGAAAAGUGCCGCAUCCUCAAGCUGCUGGCAAUCCAGAUGGCCGACUUCCGCAUCAACCUCGGGUCCCGGUGGACCAAGGACUCUGGGUUUGUGCAGGGUGAGGAGCUGGAGGCCGGCAACCUUUCGGGUGACGAAAUGGAGGAGGACUAG